AUGUUUGUUGGCCCCUUUGACGGCCGCAAGAAGCGUUCGCGUUGCCAAGCAUGCUCCACGAGCCACUUAAAGUGUUCUGGCCAAUUUCCUUGUACCAAUUGUGAGCGCCGGCAUAUAACCUGCAUAUUUGGGCCCACUACUCCAAGGAAAAGCUCCAACAUCAUCUUGGUUGAAAGAGGCCUGCAAAAGACCCCUGCUACCUUCAAGCUCCAUGUUGGAACAGGAAAGAAGCAGUCUCCUUCUAGCAGCGCGAGUUCAUUAGUUUCUUCUCCAUCGAGGCUUGCAGACAAUGCCCUGUCGUAUCUUUACUAUUUUGAUGUUUUUGCCAAGCGGAAUAACUUUACGGGAAAACAACACCUAUUUGCUGACGAGGUGAAGCAACUCUCCGGCCUUCAUUCCCACCCAUAUCUCAUGGAUGCCAUGCUAUCUAUUGGCGCCAUACAAGCAGUCAAAUUAAAUGCUCCCGACGUCCCUCCGCGAAAUGAAUGCUUGACGACUGCCCUUGAACACUACUCGAAAUCCAUAAUUGGGCUGCGUGAUGCUAUCAACAGUCCUCGUAAACGGGAUGAUAGCCGACAGAACACGGUGCUUUGGACAACGCUCCUACUUGGCUUAUUUGAACUAAUAAAUGACGAGACCGGCAAUGGUUGGCAGCAGCACAUGACCCAUGGAACGGCAAAGGCUCUUGAAGCCAGCGGUCCGAUAACUUGCCGUGCAGGCCCAAGCCGAAAAUUCUUUGUUCAAGCGCGCAUUUUCGAAGUAUCACGUACCAUUCUCGAAAACGAAUCGACAUUCCUCACACAGCCCGAAUGGAUGGACCUGUCUCGGCAGAUGUGGACUGGCGAGCAUGGGGAUGAGUGGCACCCCUUGGACUCUUUGCUGGAUAUCAUGGUUACGGUAUCUAAGCUACGAGUUCGGACGGCAAAAUUUAUCGAGAUGCAAGACGAAUGCGCCAACGAGGAACUCGCUCCAAGAGGCACAUCUAUAUGCUCCGACGCCUGUACGCUGAAAGAAGCUUUGGGAAGUUGGUACGCAUCAUAUGUACAGCCCAAAAAUAAAUUGGCUACCUGCAACAUGGCCGAAGAAAACGAUGGCAUGCUACUCGCGAGGGUAUUCUUCGCCGCCAUCAGUAUCUAUCUGUCAGGCAUAUUUGACUAUGAAAUCACCAAUUGGCAUAACAUUGGUCUCAUACCGCCGACCCUGGAUGAAGAAACAGUCCAAAUGCAUACAAACACGAUACUUGGGCUUUCUAAUGUUGCUCUUGAUACUACAAACCUCUCGCCGCUGCUGUUCUUGUUUCCACUACGGAUAGCAGGAGCUAGAUCUAGAACACGCUGGCAGCGAGACUGGGUAGCGAAGUUGGUAACUAGGAUUGGCAAUGGAUUUGCUGUGGCAGCUGCUAUUUCAACGGAAUUGAGCCACGUUUGGGAAAUGUUUAGUCUUGCCGAGACACACGAUAAACCUGAAGAAUUGGAGAUGACAUACGAUAAUGUAUUUUGA